UGAGUAAAAGCAAGGCACAUUGCAAAAUCGUCUGGACAGAAGCCAAACCAAAUAAAGGAUGCAGCAUACACAGACACAGAAACAUAAAUAAGAACUGAUGAAUAAUUAUGUAAACGCACAAAACAGAAGUGAGCAAGACAGCCAGCCAGACGGACGGAAAGAAAGGGUACGGAGGGAAAAUAAAAAACAUGACAGAACACGAAAGUACUAAGAAUAAAUGAAUCUUUAAACUUGAACAGCCAGUGAGUUUCUGGGACAGAUUGCCACUGCAUCCCAUUUUCCUGCCCUAAAUUCCUGAAGGACUAGAAGGGAUUCAUACUGAUUACCAUGAACAUUCAGAAAUUAAUUUUGUACCUUUUGCUGCAUUUCUUCAUUAUGGUUUAUGGAUCCCCUUCAUCAGAGCCUUUCUUAACUCAACCCACCAUGCUACCAGAUAAUGACUCCAUUGAUACAUUCUUAAAUGUAAAUUUUGAGACAAUGGGAACUUCUCAAAAACAAAUAUUAACAGCUCAGUUUGAGUGUUAUAUGAAGAUUAUAAGAGAUCCUCCAUACUCAAAACCAGACACCGUCUGUAAUCGAACCUGGGACGGAUGGUUGUGCUGGGAUGACUUUCCUGCUGGUGACACUGCUCAUCAGUCUUGUCCAGAAUAUUUUCACGACUUUGAUCCUGUUGAAAAGGUAACAAAGAUUUGUGAAAAGGAUGGUCAGUGGUUCCGGCAUCCAGAAAGCAAAAGGACAUGGUCAAACUACACCCUUUGUUCAUUGUACACCAAGGAAAAUCUGAAGACAGCAGUCAUUACAUACUACCUGGAAGUUACUGGGAACUGUAUAUCCAUUGUGUCCUUAACAAUUUCUCUCUUCAUUUUCUACUAUUUCAAGAGCCUGAGCUGUCAGCGUAUUUCCUUGCACAAGAAUCUCUUCCUUUCCUUCCUGCUUCACUCUGUGGUCACUGUUACCUGGCUGAAAGUUAUCACAUCUGACAGGCCCAAAACAGAUGUCGCAGCUGGCUGUAAGGUGCUUUUUUUCCUUCAAGUUUAUCUCAUGGGCUGCAACUGUUUCUGGAUGCUGUGUGAAGGAAUAUAUCUGCAUACCCUUAUCAUCGUAGCAGUUUUUAUCGAGAAGCAGCAGCUACGCUGGUAUUACUUAUUAGGCUGGUUAUUUCCCUUGGCUCCUGCGAUAAUCCUUGCUCUGGCUAGAACACUAUAUUACAAUGACAACUGCUGGAUCAGUGUACAUACUCAUCUAAAUUAUAUAAUCCAUGGUCCCAUAUAUGUGGCACUGGUGGUGAAUCUCUUCUUUCUACUUAAUAUCAUGAGAGUGCUUAUAAUAAAGCUAAAGGUGACUCAUCAAGCAGAAACAAGCACCUAUGCAAAAGCAGCUCGUGCCACACUCAUUCUGGUCCCGCUGCUUGGUAUACACUAUGUCAUAAUGCCAUGGAUACCUAAUGAUCACACGGCAAGAACAGUGUAUGAUUAUGUUUCACACAUUACUUCCAGUUAUCAGGGACUUUUAGUUUCAACAAUAUUCUGCUUCUUUAAUGGGGAGGUCCAGGCUGCUGUAAAGAGGCAAUGGCACCAAUGCAGAGCUCAGUUUGGGCAUAGUAUGACAAGCAACGAAGGUUCACAGUCUAACUGCCAAAAUGGAACCCAAUCCUACUACCUUAUUACAUCAUCUGAAAAUGAAAUGCUAAGCUAUCAUUUAGAUCAUAGCAGUAGCAAUGGUAAAUCUAAUGGUCACAGUUCUUCUAGUGGAAAGUUUAUUCCUCAAAAAGCAACAGGAAAAGAUCAUCAGUAAAGAGGACUAUGUACAAGAAAAUGACUCAAGAAGCCUUGGAAACAACCUGAAUAUCUUGCUUCAGUGUGUAUACAACAAAAAUAAAACAGACAGACUGAAGAAAAUUAGUGUGAUAUUUACUAAGGCUAUGCGUAUAUAUACGCACAUUUGUAAAUAUGAGUGAAAAUGUCAAGUAGAAGCACAUAGCUAAUUUCACACAAGAUGUGUACAUGCAGAAAAACAUACAGUAACUAGAUUUGUGCACAAGUGUAAACUCAGGAAUUAAAAAGUUGAACAGCUACUAAUAGAACUGCACAGAGAAAAGUAUGUAAAACUUUGAAAAUGGUCAUCUUAUAUUUUAUUUUGAAUUAUUUUCUUUUUAUCUGUUCUCAUUACGAGGAUCUCUGAAUGAUGGCAACAGUUAUCAUAGCAGAUGUGGCUUAACUAGAUGCUAAUUGUCUUGGUGUCUUAUAAGCUUCAUGUGUGGUCAGUUAUAGUAAUAACAUCAAUAAGCUCAACAGCAGAUGACAGAGGUUGAGAAACAAAGUAGUAACUGUGGUAGCAUCCACACAGUAUGCUAUACUACAAAUUGUAGCAGAUAUUGUCAGGUAGAAAUGGUCUGUUCAGCAAAAGAAAAUGAAAAUAACUCAAGUGACGUAACUAAAUGUUCAUUAUUUUGGAAGGGUAAAUAGCUUGAAAGUUUGUUAUUCUUCUUCAUAUUCUCCUCUUCUGAAGAAUAACAUAAGUGCAUGCCCUGAAAGCACAAACAGUUUGUUUCUAUUAGUGCAUCACUCCUUUGGCAGGAGCUAUGCAUCUCUUUCAUUAUAGAGAUCACAAAUAUGCUGUUAAGGCUGUAGGCUUGGCCAUAUCUACAUUAUUUAGGUAUUGGAUAUAUUUUAUUUGUGAUCUUUGUAUCCUGUACAUGCAGAGAAACAUCUUUCGCAGUCAUGUGUAUUUAUUCUUUUUUUUUUUCUGAAUUUGUUAACCAGGGUAGAGCACUGAUCCCAUUAGACCCAUUUCAGUCUCAGCCCCGGGAAAACACAACAGAUAGAUACAUGACAUUAUAUACAGAGAGAAUGACAAAAUACAAUAUAUACAUAUGUUAUAUACAAAGUGAAUAUCAUAGCUGGUUUAAGGGUAUUAAGCUAAUACAUAAAUAUAUAUGUAUCAUCUUUCAUUAUUAAUAUGCACAAUAGUCCAAUGCAACACCCAAAUAUUUUACUGUAACUUUUGAGGUGAAAAUAAAUGCUCCACUGUAAAUGCUCUCUGAUUAAAACUUUACUGUUAUACUAGUCUGUUUUGUGCACUGUUACUGAAGAUAAGAGAUGUCCACGUGUCAAAACUUGAGCAGUCACUCAAUUUUAAAAACUUGCAGUUUUUUGUAACAACCCAGAAGCUAAAUGUAUUUAGAGGUUAUAAAAUAAUUAAAGACACCUACUUUAGUUUC